UAGAAGUGAACGGUCGCGUGCAGCACCGUCGUCUCCCUCAGACGGUGCUACGAUGACGGAGGUGGAGGUGAGGAGUCCUCGACUUGUUUGAACCGGACUCAAGAUGGAGGACGACCUGGUGUCGGAGGAUGAUAUCUUGCUGGUGUCAGAAAAGGAGCUCCAUGAUGCUGCAAAGAGGAACGACACAGAGAAACUUCAGGAGCUGAUCAGGAAGGGCGUGGACGUCAAAGCCAAGAAUAAAAUUGACCGUAAAGCUCUGCACUGGGCAGCAGGAGCGGGGAACGAGCAGGCUCUACGACUCCUCCUCGACCACGACACCGAUGUGGAUGAGAGGGACUCUUUUGGUAUGAAUGCUCUGCUCCUGGCAGCCUGGUUUGGGCACUUGAAGAUCCUGCAGGUCCUGGUGUCAUGUGGAGCAAAGCUCAGCUGUGAAAACAAAGAUGGUCUAAGCAUGCUGCACUGUGCUGCUCAGCGAGGUCACAUCAGUGUUCUGGAGUUCAUCAUGGAGGACCUGGAGGACGUCUGUCUGGACCGAGAGGACAAGUCAGGUAAGACCGCUCUCCACCUGGCCGCUGAACACGGACAGACUGAAGUGGUGGAGUUUCUGAUUGGAAUGGGCUGCACUCAUGCUUUAAAGGACAAGGAAGAGAACACGGCCGUGCAUCUAGCAGCCAAGUUUGGGCACACGGACGUCCUGCAGAAGAUCAUCGAUACGGGAGUGGAUGUCGAUGACAGAAACAUUGAUGGGCUCACAGCUUUGCACCACGCUGCUGAUGGAGGUCACUGGGAAUGUAUCAGACUCCUGCUGGAGUCUGGCUGUGAUAUUAACGCACAAACUAAUAAGAACAUGACUGCUCUGCAUUAUGUCGCCCUUCAUGGAUUUGACAGAGAGGCCCACCUGCUGCUUGAGGCAGGAAUCAACAUCGAUGCUGUAAACAAUCAACACAACACACCGCUGCACCUGGCUGUGUGCAGCAACCACACCGAGGUUGUACGUCAGCUGGUAGAUUCUGGCUGCGACCUGGACGUCACUGACAAUAGACUACAGACGGCUCUGCACUUAGCAGCAGAACAUGGCUGGCAGGACCUAGCUGAGAUGAUGCUGAUCUCUGGUGUUAACCUCACACUCACUGACAAGCAGGGGAAAACGUGUCUGGAGGUGGCAGCAAGAGGAAACCACAUCAUCCUGGUCGACAUGAUCAUCAAAGCUGACCGCUUUUACAAAUGGGAGAAGGAUCAAAUGCGCUGUGGGCAGGACUCCUGGGUGGGGAGGAAUGUGAGCUUUAAGCAGGACCACCAGCUGGAGACACAGCACCUCCGCUCAGUCCUGUGGAGCCUGGCCACCAAACAUCUUUGCCGUGGAGAGUGGAAACUUCUGGCACAACACUGGGAGUUCAGCGAUGCACACAUACGAGCUAUAGAACAUCAGUGGACAGGUAUGAAAAGCUUUAAAGAGCAUGGUCACAGGAUGCUGUUAAUCUGGCUGCAUGGAGUCUUGGUGGCGGGAGAGAACCCAAUCAAAGGUCUCUAUGAAGGGCUGGUGGAAAUCUCACGGAUGGACUUAGCAGAGAGCGUCCGGCAGAAAGCAAACGCAGAGACCAGCUCUACCAAAACAUGCUCUACGAUGUGAUCAACACCUGCAGUGACUGCAAAGAAGAAAAGAAGACAUGAAUCACUUUAAAGAGAGGGCCACAGCAGUCAAAGCAGGCUUACACUUUUUGCCUUGAAGAAUUUGUUUUGUGCUGUCAUUAGGGUGCUGAAUUCAGAAACAGAAACCAUUCUGUCCUUUCAAGUAGGAGUCGCCCCCUGCUGGUAUAAAAAAAAAGGAUGCUGAAUGAAGGUAGGAUCAUUAUAGCUCUCUCUUAGAUAAGGUUAGAUGUGACCUUUUCAUGUUUUCUGCCAUGUAGCUAUCUAAACAGUACCAGGACCUUCAUCAUGACGUAUACAGUUAUAAUGAAUUAGGCAAUCAUAGUUAAAGAGACCCUCAGAAGCAGGUCCACCAUGACUUUUACAGUCUAAAACUGAAAGGAGGAAUCCUCAGCUGACCAGUGCUGCCACCAAGAUUAGUCAUUUUUAGAUUAAUGCAGAGCUUUAGACUUAAUUGAGUGGAUAGGGUGGAAAAUUUAGGGGAUAGAGGGGCCUAGUCCACACGUUGAUGAGUAACUGAAGUUUUUCUGUGGAUUUUGCCCUUCAUACACAAAAAGUGUUUUAGAUCAGUGGAAACACACUUGUGUGUCUAAAGUAACAUUUCUGUAUUUUUGAAGUUUGGUUGUAUAAAGCUCUCGACAUUAUUAAUGGCAUUAACCUCCAGAGAUGACAGUGUGUGUUGCCCCUCUAAGGAGCUAUACAGAGCGACAGACAGGCGCAGUUGCCCCACAUCAUUUAGUGAGUUGAAGGCAAAAAUUUGCCUAAAAACAGUGCUGGCUGUACGCCAUAUCUCAAAUGUUUAAACAUUUUAUUUUUCAUCUGGAAAGCGUCUGUGUUAGCACUCCAUUAGAAAUGUGAAAUGGUCUUUGUAGAGGAAAGGGGAGUAGAUGUUGGCAUGUCUGUCAGGAGCUGCUUCACCUGCAUGGUAAAGGAUGGACUACUUUGACAUGGCAUGCUGUUUACAAUAUGUAAUGGUGCGUUUUUAUGUGGAUGAAGAUGUUUAUUAGGACAGGGGGUUUCAAACUGUGGAGAAUGAGCCUCCCCUAAGAGAAAAUCAUUUAUUCUGUGGACACCCACUCAUGUGAAAAAUAAGAUUUCAAACAUUUUAUCAAUUAUAUUUUCAAACAUUUAUGUCUCCUUAGACAUUUUUAUUUUGACAUUUGUCAUUUAUAUUUUUGAUAUUUUGGUCUGUAUUCUACCUGAUUACUAUGCUCUACACUGUAAUUUAGUGGGAUCUAUGAAUUUUCAGAUGUAGCAGGACUGCAUCGCUGCAGAUCAUCCUCCAGCCUUACCUCGCUGUGAUCAUUGUCAGCGCCCAAACCUGCACUUGCAGACACUGUCUUAGUGUUCAGUGAAGAGAAUCACACUGCCUUAUAUUGUCAUUAGCUUGUACAUCUUUGCAAAUUAAUCACUGUGACUGUAGUGCAUCAUCAGGACUGAUAGAGGAAAGUCCUGACUUUAAUAGCCGACUCUAUAGUGUUGUCUUUAGUAACAAUAAAUCUGUGCAGUUUACCCCAUGCACAGCAGAUGCUAGCAAAAGCAAAUCACCUUUUUCCUGGUUUAUGGUUCUGCGUCUCCCUGAAGUCCUGUGGCGCCCAGGGGGAGGCCCGCCUCACACCUUGAAAACCGUCAUAUUAGAACACAGCUUGUGUGGGAUUCAUUUUGAAAACAGAGGAAGAAAACAUCCACUUUCAGAAAUACCCACCUACAUGUGGACUAGGAGAGAGGAGAAAGACCAGCAGGACAGGAGCUUGGACUUGAACUGGGGCCAUCCCAACAUCCCACAGUGUCUAACCUUAGAAAUAAUGAAUGUGUUGGGCAUCCUUAUCCUCUGAUAAUGUGAAUAGAAAGGUUUCAUGACUAUAUCCAUGAAGAACUCGUUGAUCUUUUGCUUUCCGAGCCCAGGAAUCAGUUUAUUGAUUCAUUCAUGUGGUUUCUGAACUACAAAACUACAAAGAGUUUAAUGUUGAAGAACUAAAUAAUUAUGGAGCACAUCACAUGACAUAAAUAAAUAAAGCAAUAAUUCUAUUUUUUGAAUGGUAUAUCUGUGUGUUUUAUAUGUAAUCUUAUAUUCAAGCUGAGUUUUUUUUCUGUCUUACCUCAGAAUAUCACCAAAGAAUCCCCUCAGUGAUUUCAUCAGACAUUUUAUUUCUCUUAACAUGGUUAGCCUCUGUGUUUAUAGCACUCAGUAGCAGGUCAGGGUUUGCCAGAUUUGUUCAGAUGAAAAACAUAAAAGAAACAGACCUAGACGUGAGUCCUAAUGCUCAGUAACAUUCUGUAUACAGGAAGAACAACAAUAACAGGCAUAUUGUCCUCAUGUGCUUGUAAUCUCGAUGACAUUGGAAAUGAGGGAAACUUCAAUGUCCUUUUGAGAAUAAAUAAAGUUUUGAAAUGAAAUAUUGAUCACAAGAUCAUUAUUUGAAAUAUUUAGGUUAAAUUAUCAUUGGAUUUAUUUUAUUUAAGACUUGGGGGUGCUGAGAGCUGAAAUGUGGAAGAAGUGCUGAAAAUAGCUGAAAAAGCAAAAAAAUAGCUGAAAAUAGCAUAAAAUGCCAUAAAAGUAGCUGAAAAUGGCAUUCAGUAUCUAAAAUAUGACAACAAUUGCUGAAAGUAGCCUUAAAUUAGUUGAAAAUAGCUCAUAAGUUGGGUGAAAGUAGCCUUAAAAUAGCUGAAAAUAGCAUAACAAUAGCUGAAGGUGUGUGAGAUUGUGCUAAAAAUGGUGGAGAUAUUGUUCAUAGCAGUGUGACUCAACCCUGCUCAACCAAAGACCCAAAUUAAUGAAAAUUACCUUUGCAUGAGCCACAAUCUAAGCAGUGAAGCAAAAACAGCUUGGAGUACAAUGACUUAAAGGUGGCAAAAUGGUCAAAAAGCAACAGAAUGGGUGAACAGGGGUGAGAAAGGGGCACAAAAGGGGCAAAGAAAGAGGGAGCAAGUGGUAUUUAAUCGCAACAGAUAGUCUA